AUGCCACCACAGCCCGGAAGUACAGAUGAGUGCUACCAUAGGGUCUCUGCAGAAGAGAUGUUAAAGUUUCUCAAGAACAAUGCCCUCCGCUACAUGGUGGGGCAUUGGCAAGCCAGUAAAGAUUUAUCACCAGCCCAAUUCGUCCGUGAGUUCAAGCUAUUUAAGCAAGGAUUUGAAAUACUUCAGAACAUGAUUACAACAAUAAGAGAUAAUCCGGAGAUAAUACUUCCGGAGGUAAAUGAGGACCCGCCACCACCAUAUGACGAAGCAACGACACCCUGA